UUCAACACGGAAGUUUUAUAACAGUGUAGUUAUGAACACGGCCGCAGAAUAAGCUAAUGUUACUCUCUACAUGAGACAUUAACCUCCGGCUUACAACAGCAACGACAAAAUGGUCAAUAUCGGUCUCACCAAAGUGGACGAUGCGCUGGCAGCUAAACACCCGGGUUUACAGAGUUAUGCUGCCUGUCAGUCUCAGGCCUUCAUGAAGGGGACAGGGACCUUUAUACUUGGCGCCGGUGGUUUAUUUGCUCUUCAGAAGGUUCUCCAGAAGAAGCUUCCUUAUCCUCUUCAAUGGAACCUACUCAUUUCAAUAGUGGCGUCAUCAGUGGGAAGUUACGCAGUGACUCGAUGGGAAUCUCAGAAAUGCUCAGACCUUUGGAUGUUGCUGGAAACAGGAAAAGUCCCGGACAGAUCGCCUCCACAGGUGUCCAAACCAGAGGUAUCAGAAGGAUCCGAGAAGACAAAAUAUGGCGACGCGAUGGAAUGAACAUACAGUUUAAAACAAAUGUGUAUCUACUGUAUAUAUCUACACCUCUUGAGAAAAUGCACUAGAUAUUCAGAUGAUGUACUGACUAAAGACAGAGCUGGAUGUGGGAUAGUACAUUCUGUAUUACCUCAAUUUCUGCAAUACACCACAUGAAUGAAGUAAUUUCUUUUUUCAGUUUUCCGAGUUUGAGCUUUUGAAUUUCAGAGCAGCAUUGCUGUGUGGAUAAACAGAUACGUUUCCCAAAGCAGAGGUCAGGAAUUACUUUGGGUUUUUAGGAGGAAUCCGACGUUAAGCUUGUGAUCCGGUAUUAUUAUUUGGUUGUGUUUGUUUGACAUGCAACUGAAUUAACGCUGCUCUACCAAAACCAGCCACUAGUUGUCACUGUAUUCCUCAUGAGAAACACAGAGCUGAGUUGUAGUUAUCGCUGGUUCAACCAAACCAGUUGAAGAGUAUUGUCGUCCUUAUUAUACAUUGUUCAUUUUAAUCAAAUCAUCAUGGAAGGAUUCAUCCUUUUGAAUAGAUAAAAAAAAUUGAGGAUUUGAUAAAAAGCUUAGGGUGCUUUGCAGUGUAAUCCACAUUCAAUCAUUUGCGUUUGUUGCCGUUAGACUAUGUUCAUUCAUUGGUCUUCAGUGCAGAGAUGCUGUAACAAACCCUGCAAUAUCUUAGCAUCAAAUGCCGUACUGAUAAGUAAAUGUCAAAUGUUUAUUUAUUUUUUACUGUGUUCUCCAGUGAGGAAUUUGAGACCUUCCAUCCUGCACAAACCAACUCUGUUUGUUUGUUUUUUGGGGGGUUUCCCAAAAGUAUACAAUACAAUUAAAAGCAAUAAAUGACAGACUAUAUAUAUUUAGA